AUGUUUAAGAAAGAGCACCACCUCAAGUUCUGUUACCUCAAGUUCUGUUACCUCAAGUUCUGUUACCUCAAGUUCUGUUACCUCAAGUUCUGUUACCUCAAGUUCUGUUACCUCAAGUUCUGUUACCUCAAGUACUGCUACCUCAAGUUCUGUUACCUCAAGUUCUGUUACCUCAAGUUCUGUUACCUCAAGUUCUGUUACCUCAAGUACUGCUACCUCAAGUACUGCUACCUCAAGUACUGCUACCUCAAGUACUGCUACCUCAAGUUUUGUUACCUCAAGUUCUGUUACCUCAAGUUCUGUUACCUCAAGUUCUGUUACCUCAACUACUGUUACCUCAACUACUGUUACCUCAACUACUGUUACCUCAACUACUGUUACCUCAAGUGCUGUUACCUCAAGUGCUGUUACCUCAAGUGCUGUUACCUCAAGUGCUGUUACCUGAAGUACUGUUACCUGAAGUACUGUUACCUCAAGAUCUGCUACCUCAAGUUUUGUUACCUCAAGUUCUGCUACCUCAAGUUUUGUUAUCUAAAGUACUUCUACCAGAAUGUAGCCAAGUGUCCCAACUAG